GAGACUCUCUUCGCUUGUCAAUGUCGGCUUAUACCAUUUGCAAGGAGCUACUGCCGCCUCAAACAGUCGAACAUGUAGAGAAAGCUCAGUUCACAUCGCCGUACAGUAACAAUCUGUUGGUGGCGAGGGGCACACUUCUGGAGAUCUAUGAUUUUGUCGAGCGCAUCGUCGAACCGGUUUCUGUCGAGCUCUCGCAGGAGAUUGACGAGGCUGUUGAUCAAGAACCGACGAUCAAGGAUCGGUUUGACCAAGAUAUGGAACAGGAACUCGUGUACCCGAAAAUACAACCAAUAGCGUCUGAUACCCUGAAGACCAGUCGAGUAGGCAGACUUGAUCUGGUAGCGCAAUAUAAACUGAGUGGUACUGUAACGUCGAUGGGUGUUGUACGUACUUCGUCAGAACGCGGUAAAGAAGGUUGUCACAGUCUAUUGUUAGCUUUUAGCGAUGCGAAGAUGUCACUAUUGGAGUGGUCUCCGGCAACGCAUUCAGUAACAACAGUAUCUAUUCACUAUUAUGAACGAGAUGAAUUCAAGAAUGAAUUUCUAUCCAAUUCGUAUCCGCCCGAAGUACACAUUGAUCCUCAACAGCGAUGUGCAGUUCUCAACUUUUAUUCUGACAAAAUGGCCAUUUUGCCCUUUCGUCAAUCAGAAAGCAUUGGUGAUGCAGUAUCAGUCUCAAAAGACAGGAGCAAACGACUUGAAGAUGACCAAUCAAGGUGGCCAUACGCUCCGAGCUAUGUAAUAGACGUCUCAGAGAUCGAUUCUCGCAUACGGAACGUUAUCGACAUGGUCUUUCUUCACGAUUACUACGAGCCUACUUUGGCAAUUUUGUAUCAAUCUAACCCGACUUGGACAGGCAAAUUGAAUGACACAAAAGAUACGGUUUCGUUAGCGGUUGUCUCUCUCGACAUCUCCUCUCGCGUUUAUCCUAUCAUCUAUUCUCUGGAUAACUUACCCUACGACUGUACACGCCUAUUCGCUGUUCCUAAACCAGCAGCUGGCUUGAUGGUUUUGUCAGCCAACUCGCUCAUAUAUGUCGCGCAAGGAUCACCCGGCAUUGGUAUCGCCGUGAAUGGAUAUGCCAAGUUGGUAACCAACUUUCCUGGAAUGAUUUUUGACGCCAAGACGAUUGGCAUGGAGUUGGAGCUUGAAGGUGCGCAAUUUGUUCUACUGGGAGGCACAAGAAUUUGUUUAUUCUUAAGGGAUGGCCAAUGGAUCACAGUGGAACUGCAACUGGAUGGAAGCAAAGUUGUUGGGUUCAACAUUGAACGGGUUGAAGAACCCACGGACAAAGCGGAUAAGAAUUCGCAUAUCGCGUGUAUUCCCUCAUGUGCCACACCUGUGAAGAACGGCUAUUUUUUCUUAGGUAGUCGGGCUGCCGACUCAUUGUUGGUUAAAUGGGAAUGGCCAAAUGUACAAGCACAAAACAAGCUACGCAGGACUCGGCCAAAAUUACCGUCCAGAUCAAGCACUGGUGAUCUAGCAGCAGAUCUCUAUGGCUCCUCACUGGAAGAUAGUGUAAAUGGUGAAGUUACUGUUAAUGGCGUGGUGGAGAGCGGAUUCAAAUUUAAAGUAUGCGACAGACUGUUGAACUGUGGGCCAGUUGCGGAUCUCACUUUCGGUGCUUUAAUCCAAGCUCCAGAUGAGCAAACCGAGGGAACGAAUGCUGGCAAGCUCGAUAAUGACGAUAACAUAGAGAUAGUGGCAUGUUCCGGAUAUGGCAAGAAUGGAAACGUAUCUGUACUUCGAAGAAAUAUACAUACAGCUGUGAACUUUUCAUUUAAUCAAGAAGACUGUCAGGCUCUAUUUGCUAUCAAAUGUAGAAAAGAGCAAUAUUUUGAAGGAUUGGAGUUGGAAGGCAACCAAGUAACAAGACAUUCUCGAAGCGGAAUGGGUGAUAUUCAAGGUGGAGAGCUAUCCUCAUAUGAUAAAUUCCUUGUUAUAAGCAAGUCAAAAUCAACCAUGGUAUUUGGUGCUGGUGAAGACCUUCAAGAACUUGGACAUUCUGGCUUUUAUGUAAAGGGUCCAACUCUCGCUGCUGGCUCUGUCCUUAAUGAGACGAGAAUAGUUCAAGUUCAUACAAGUGGCAUACUAUUGUUGAGUGCUGAUGCCAAGAAGAAGCAAGUCAUUGGAAUGGAACAAGGAAAGCGAAUCACUUCCGCCUGUAUCAAUAGUCCAUACGUUAUACUGCUCUUGAACAACAAAUCCAUAUUAGCUUAUGAAGCUGAUGUGAAGUCCAAAGAUCUCAAAUCAAUCGCACUUCCCAAAGAUGUGCAGGAUCUAUCCAUUGAAGCGUGCUCCGCCUUUUUAGAUCAAUCGCGUACCUUUGCUUCCGUCAAAGACCUUGACACAAUCAAAGCGUCAAGAAAAGGCUCUAGACGAAAGAGAAAAAACAGCGUACAACUCGACAACUUUAACAAAAAGGCUAACCGAUCACCAUCUCCUGGUGGUGAUGACAUGGAUGCCAUUGAUAUGGACCUUUAUGGUAACAACGCAGAUGACAUCGAAGAAGACAAGACCAUGGCAGAGGUGAAUAGUCGACCAAUUGCAACGGUAGAAGAAGACAAGGAUGACGACAGUAUGGGUGAAGACGAUGAUUUGUACAUAAGUGCACCACCACAAGUUGUAGCGCAGUCUGAUGAACUUAUUGAUGAAUCAAAUGUCAGCAAUCUUGGAGGACUUGGAGUAGACACAAAGUCUACCAUGUGGUGCCAGGUCUACUGCACGGAUGGUUGUUUAAAGAUUUAUUCUCUACCUACCUUCAAAGAGGUGUUUUCCUUUCCAAGGUUCGACCAAUUGCCCAGUAUAUUAGCUGACAGUACAUCUGUAGCCCCAAAUCCACUUGCACAACCUUUGGAACUACCCAAACUCAGUGACAACUCAUCAAACAAGAUAAAAUCUGUCAUUUUGACUUCUAUUGGAAAAGAGGUCAAAUUCCCAUAUCUUGUGGCUCAAACCAUCACAAACGAUAUUGUAGUAUAUAAUGCAUAUCAGUACAGUGCUGGUAAUGAUGUCAAUUCUCACAAUAAUGCUGAUGGAAAGCCAGUAAACUUGGUGGAGGAUGACAGUAGGCUAGGAAUCCGCUUUUCAAGAGUGGAACAAGACAUUGUCUUCUCACACGCUGCGCAGCAAAAGGGACAGGAGGAUGGUAUCAAUGGCACUAGCCUUGAUAUUAACAAAACGCAAGAGAAUAGCAGUGAAUCUCGUCUCGUUUUAUUCGAAAACAUCAGUGGUUAUUCCGGCGUUUUUGUUACAGGAAAGAAACCUCUUUGGAUUCUUUGCUCGAGUAAAAGCCCCAUUCGUGUUCAUCCUAUGGCAACUAAAACUGCAAUAGAAGCUUUCACACCAUUCCAUAAUAUCAACUUUCACCACAGUUUCAUGACAGCAGACGAUCAGAAUCAAGUUCAAAUGCGUCAGCUACCUACUGACGGCAUCACUUACGAUACAGCAUGGCCCAUGAAAAAAGUUCUCAUUAACCAUACCGUCCACAAAGUACAAUACCACGCUCAAAUGGAAGUGUACGCUAUGCUCAUAUCAUCACCUCAGCCAAUACAACUCAAAAACGAAGACGGCACGCCGCUCGAGGAUCCUCCGAAACGUGAUCAAGGCGAAUAUUUGCCUACAAUUGAAGAGUUUUCAAUGAUCUUAGUAUCGCCAAUCACAUGGGAGAUUGUGGAUACCUAUGCUCUAGAUGAGGCAGAGCAGGGUUUCUGCCUUGAUUGCAUGAAUCUUGAGAGUCAACAGACUGCCAAUGGACGAAAAGAUUUUAUGGUAGUCGGAACUGGCUACCUGAAAGGAGAGGACACAGCAAUGAGAGGUCGAAUCUUGAUCUUCGAUGUCAUUGAAGUCGUUCCUGAAAUCGAUAAUCCACAAACCAAUCAUAAAUUCAAACUGGUUCAUACAGAAGAGGUGAAGGGAGCAGUCUCGGCAUUAUGCGCCUGCAGUGGGCAUCUUGUCUCAACCACCGGCCCCAAAGUCUUCAUAUACAGCUUUGAGGAUAACGAAAGCUUAGUUGGUGUCGCCUUCAUUGAUGUACAAACAUAUGUGACAAGCAUGGUCGCCAUCAAGAACUUCAUUCUUCUUGGAGAUGCUCAAAAGUCCAUUUGGUUCUUGGGAUACCAAGUUGAACCGGCAAAGCUUGUCAUGCUUGGCAAAGAUUAUCAUGAUUUGGGAGUGAAUUGCGUCGGUUUCCUUGCGGAAGAGAAGUCUCUGCAGCUACUGGUUGGUGAUACAGAGGAAAAUAUUGCCGUUUACCAAUAUGCUCCAUACAAUUUGCAGUCAUAUAGCGGAUUAAAACUUAUGCGGCGUGGUGAUUUCCACAUGGGCUCACAGAUUCGUUGUACAACUCGUAUACCCGCACGACAAAAAACUGUAGACGGAAUAGAGUAUGGAAAACGUCAUUUCAAUUUAUGUGGCUCUUUGAACGGAAGCAUUUCAAUGGUGACUCCUAUAUCAGAGAAGACGUACAAAAGAUUACUGCUCCUGUACGGUCAAUUGGUGAACGGCCUUCAGCAUGUCGCUGGUCUGAAUCCGCGUGCCUUCAGAAUCAUGAGAUCUUCAAAAGAGAAACUCGCAUCCAAUCGUUCGCGUGUGAUAUUAGAUGGAGACCUUAUCUUCCAAUUCAUCAAUUUACCACUUAACCGACAACAGGAGAUGACGAAACAAAUAGGAACUACGGUAGAGAGAAUUAUGGAGGAUCUUAUAGACACUGCGAUCGGUGUGAAUUAUUUAUAACCGGAUCAUGGUUCAUACGAUGUGAAUGAAAAAAAAUAAAGACCUGAUCAUGAUAAAUAUGUCAUGUACAUAUAUGUGUGG